GCGAGUGCGCGGCGCGGCUCCGGGCAGGCCGAGCAUGGCGGAAGUGGUUCGUCCGAAGAAAUCUCGGCCGGCAGCGAAGGGGCAGGACAAAAAGAAAAAAGUUACCACAGAAAUAAAGAAAAAAGAGAAUUUAAAGCCAGAAUUGAACCAGGAAUUGAUUUCCAGUCAGCCAACAAAAGUAGACUUCUCUACAAUAGUUGACAAAUCUCAAGAAGCAUUCUCAAAACCAAACACUGAGGAGCGAAGUGAGGACCAAUUGCUUCCAACUUCACUUGUGGCUGAGGUGCCUGUGGAAACUCUUCACAAGCCUGAAUUAUGUACUGAAAUUGCAUCCAUUGCAACAGUUGAAUCAAGAUUUGAUUCAAAACAGUUUACUGCAUUAGAUGGUGAAGAUAAACAAUUUCAAUUAAAUCAGACAAAAUUAAAUUCAGAUCAUGACCCCUACCAUAAUAGUGAGGUGCCUGAAAGCAUUACAGUUCCAGAAGCUCGUGAGCUGCCUUGUUCCAGUAAGACUGCCAGUGAUGAAGGCAGAGAAAACUUAAGUGUUGUUGAGCCUGCUGUUUAUGAUGGUUCUUUGGACCAUGGAAAUAUUUCUUCUCAAAAAGUAGGAGUUAACUUAAAGGAAAAGGAGACAAUGAUGAGGAAGGAAACGAAAAAUCCUGCUAUCUUAACACUGGGUGAUGGUGAGAGAGACAUGGUUGACAUGAAUCUACAGAAAACCAUUGCUGAUCUUCCUGUACAGUUGAUCUUUGAAAGACUGUACCCUGAUUUACCAUUAGAGGAUAAGAGAGAUCUUGGAACUUCAUCUGUAAAGCAGGUUUCACCCUAUUUUAGGACGUUGUAUCCAGAACUUCCAUGUGAACCAGCAAUUUUACCAUUCUCAAAAGAAGAGCUGAAAAUGUUUGCAUUAGGUUCAUGGAUAGAAAAUGUAGAUACAUAUACAGAAGAGUUUCUUUCUCUGGCAAAUCAAGACAAAAAUGAUCUUUAUGAACUACUUAUGAACUACAGAAGAUGUAGGAAACAACUUCAGUUGGCUGUGGCAGAACUGCAGACAAUGAUAUGUAAUUAUAAGAGUAUUAGAAAAAGGCUAUGGACGUUCAAGGAAGAGCAGCUAACCAUCCAGGGAGUUUGUGCUGAUCAAGCAAAGGUGACAACCUAUUAUCGAUUUCAGACUGUGGAGAUGAAUAAUUCAGUUCUGGGAGAGCUGAAACGGGUAUUGGAUAUUAAGGCUGAUCACUUGCAUCAAACGAUGACUUUACAUGCCUAUACCUCAGUGGUUUCUCGUCUCCAGGUGGAAUCUUAUAUUUACAGGUUGUUGAAUAGCUCGCCAACAUUUAGAGCAGUGGCAGUUCUGCAAAAACAAGUUGAUCAAGAAGUAGAUUGUAGCUAUUCAGAUCUGCAGCUUUUAAAAGAAAGCAUCAGUGUGCUCUUCAGUUUUACCCGAAGAAUAAUUGAAGAUGGUCAAUUCCAUAGUGACAUUCUUCUCUGGCUACAGAAAUUGGUUGCUGUGUUACACAGAGUUGGCUCCUCUGCUGAUCACCUCUUUUUACUAAAUCAUAUCCUUAGAUGCCCAGCAGGUGUGAGCAAAUGGGCAGCUCCAUUUGUAAAGAUGGAAGUGUUCAACAAUCCUACAGGUAUUUUUCUCUUCAUGCAAGCCCUAGCCUGUCUUCUGUCACCAAUCAAGUAUCGAUCUGAGUUCCUGGUGAAUAUGAAACCCUGUGACCAAAAGCCACUGUCACCUGUACCCACAGAAAAAGCUGUACAGAACUGGACCUUGGUAGAUGAAGCUGGAGAAGAGGAUGAAGAUCCUGAUACCAGUUGGCUACUAUUGUCUGAGGAUGAUUUGAUUACCUUUUUAUCACAGUUUCCUUUUGAUGAACUAUUUAAGCAAUUGCUUGGGAUAACUAUCAAAGGUGAAUACAGUCCAGAAAAAAGUACGUGUCAUCAGAUGAUGAAAAUCAUUGGGUUUGCAUCUUCAUUGGUGGACCUCCUAGCUUUGGGAUUGGAAACCUUUAAUAGAGCACGGUAUAGACAAUUUGUGAAAAGGAUUGGCCAGAUGAUCAGGAGAACAAUUUGUUACGUAAGUGACCACUGGGCUCAGUUUGCAACUUUCCACAAAGAACAUGGAAUAAAGAUGGACCAAUUUUACUCUCUUGAAAAGUUGCAAGUGGAAUUUGAUGAGCUUUUUCUUCGGGCAGUGUUAUAUGUACUAAAAGCAAAAAGGUUGGGAAUUUGGCUUUUCAUGUCUGAAAUGCCAUAUGAAACGCUAUCAAACCAGAUGAUAUGGAAACUCUUCUACAUUCUGCAUUGUGCAGAAUGUGAGAAUAUCCAGGGAUUAUGCGCCAGGCUACAUUCUGAUGAGUGCAAGAUCAAGCUUAAAGACCCAGAACAUAAACAAAUGUUUGAACAGUGCCUAUCCAACAUUACUAGCUCAGAAGGAAUAUGUCUUCUCACUACAUUUGCACAUAUGACCCACUCAAAACGAGAAAAUGUGGAUCAAGAGUUUGUGAAGAUAGUUGCUUUAGAAAUAUAUGAGGUAGCUUAUGUAAGUCCUUCCACCAGAGAAUCAUUUUCCAAGGUUGGCCGUGAACUUCUGGCCACAAUUUCAACAGCUCAUCCUCAUAUAAUCUCUAUACUUCUGGAUCGUGUCCGAGAAAGCAUUGAUAAAGUUGGUAUGGUUUCCUUGUAUCUAUUUAAAGAACUUCCACUGCACCUGUGGAAAAUAACCUCAGUUGAAAUGGGUGUAAUUCAUGACUGGCUUCUCAACUACAAUUUGUCUGCUGUAGAGAACAAACUGGCUUGCAUCAUACUUGAAGGACUGAACUGGGGUCUUGAUGAGCAGCAAUCAAAACUUGCUCUUGAUCCUUCCCUUCAUACUGAAGUAGCAUUAAUGGUUCUAGAAGCAUAUCAGAAGUACCUCACUGACAAACCUUACAGUGGAUUCAUUUCCGAAAGCAUAAAGCAGGUAUCCUACUUAGCUAAUGUUGUUCGCCUGAACCAAACUCCUGAGGCCUUAUUUAAUCACUGGGCAUGGGAAUUGGUCAUCAGAUUGAAGCUACGCAGUAAUCAUCCAUGCAGUGACCAGGGCUGGAUACCUAUUAGCAACUCUUUUACUGCACCUGAAUUGAACGAGUCACCAGCCCUUCAUCCACUUUUUAAAGCUGUAAAAUCUGGCAUUCCCAUUGGUUGUUACCUUGCGCUUUCAAUAACAUCAGUAGGCCACAGCAUUGACAAGUUUUGCUCUGAAGGCAUAUCUCUUCUGGAAGUACUAGUACAGUCAAAGUAUCUUAAAGCAGUAGUCCAUGUAUUAGAUAAGAUCUUGCCAAUCUUCUACCCGUGCCAAUAUUAUCUUCUGAAAAAUGAACAGUUUUUAACAUCUUUACAACUUUUUCUUCAGACUGACAGUGUUGUGCCUCAGGGAAUGACUCAGCAGAUGACCCAGAAAGUAGCACAACAUUUAACUGGCAUCACUUAUGGUGAAAACAUUAAAUUGUUAAACAGUAUGAUCCAGACUCAUAUCGUCGAAAGCAGUAAACCUGGCAGAGUGGGAACUGGUGUCGUUUUGGAAUUCUGGAUUCAAGCCUUGACAAAUCAGCAUCUGUGGCACAGAGAUAAAAAUGUUUUGUUUCUAAUGGAUAAUCUUUGUAAGACUGCAUUUCUUUACCAGCAGGAAGACUGUUUGCAAAAGUCACUUUACCAACAACACAAGAAUGCUCUUGGAUAUCAUAGUGAUCGUGGGCUAUUGACUUCAUUCAUGAGCUGGAUGUUAGCUGGCAACAUAACACCAUCAUUCAUUGAAGGCAAUGCUACUGCAACUGAGGUGUGGUUUUCCUGGAUCAUAUUCAAUAUGGAGACAAUUUUUGAAGAAGAUUCCCAACUCCGUAGGUAUAUGGAACUUGAAUUAAUUAGCAAUUCUUCAGUUACUCCAGAUCAAGCCUUAAAGAAAGCCCAAAGCCAUUUAAAGCUCCCUGUGGUGCCUUCCACCCAACGGCUUAUGAUCUAUCGCUGGGCCCAUCAAGCUUUAGUUACUCCUCCAGAUCAUCCGCUUCUCCCACUAAUCUGGCAGAGAUUCUUUUUCCUGUACCUCCACCGACCUGGACCAGAGUUUGGUUUGCCAGUGAGUGGCUGUAUUGGAAAACGUUAUUUCCACAGUACUUCACACUCUGCUUUGCUGAAAGAAAUGAAAAAACGCCUUGUUGAAAUAGCAGAUUUUCAUCAUGAAGCUAGUAAAGCUGUAAGAAUCUGGAAGAAGGGACAAUGUACUGAAGAUGCUUCAUCACCAGAUGAGAAUACUGCACCUCACCGGCCUGAAUCCAUGACUUCACCAGAAUUGCACAAAGAAUUGCUCAGGCUUUUCCACGUUUUUACAUUUUGGCUGGAGGAUAUCAAUCUACAAAAAAGUGAUCUUUAUCUACCCUCUCUACCUGUACAAUAUGAUGCACAUAAAUUGGCAAAAGUCAUGCAAAACCAGCAGGACCUUUGGACAGAAUAUAUUGACAAUGAGCGUAUAAAGCAUGAGCUCCAAGAGACAAUGAAUCUUUGGAUUCAGCUUCACUCUGCACCUUCUGCAACUUAUAGAACAUCAGGUUUUAAUAACUUUGAUCCACUUUCAGCUAAAGAUCGGAUCUUUAAUGAUCUGAAAGCCCACAAUGCCCCUAUACCUGCUGUGCGCCUACAACGUGUGAAAGCUCCUGUUCCAGAUAUUGUCAGCAAUAACCUGUCAGAUAAAAAAGUGGCAAUCGAACUUGUUCAUCGAUAUCUAAACGUCUUGCAACAACAAGCAAAAACUGCUGCCCAAUGGGAGUCCCAGCAAAUAGCACUCAACAGCGAGGUUUUGGAAACAUUGCCUAAAUUAUACAGCAAUCGGGAGGAACAAGUCACAAUGAAACUGGAGUGCCGAGGUAGCUCUUCUAAUCGUGCUUGUCAAGGAGCAACAAAUAUCUCUGUGAAGUGCAAGAAAUUGUACAAGGAUAAUGCUGUGAACCAACAGCUUGAUGCCUUGGUCAAAGACAUUGACCAGUUGCAAACCUAUGUUGCCCAACCUCCUCCUCAGAAUAUUGCAGAAGCUGCUGUAUAUGUGGAAAACUUCAUAACGGUCUUGGUGAAUGCCUUCAAGCUCCAUCAUACAGAAAGUUAUCAGAAAGUGGGCAUUGCCUUGUUCUAUGAGAUUGUCUCUUUUGUCUGUGAUGAAACUCAGCGGCAUCCACCGACAAGACAGUUCUUUACAUCAUGCAUUGAAAUCCUUGGGCAGGUUUUUCUUGGUUGUGCUAAAACAGAAAGCAAAGCUAUAUUGGAAAAGAUACUUGGGAAUAGAAGACUCUGCAAUCUUUUGUCACCAUACUUCACUCCAAAUAUCUCUCCAGAUGUAUUUGUCAAUCUUUAUAGCAAAGUUGUCAAAUUUCUCCACACAGAUAAUGGUGACGUCAUCUUUAUGUUAUUAACAAAGUUUGACCUUGUGUUGUGGUUGAAUUCCACCAAGCCAACUAUGUCUAAACGGACACAAUUAUUAGAAUUGAUCCAUUUAGGCCUUACGUCGUGUGGCCUUCAACCAGAGGAAGAAAUUCAAAUGGCCUUUAAUGUUCUCUGUAAACACUGGAUGUACAUUUUGCAAUAUCAGUUCCCGGAUCACUACAGUGACUUUCUCAGACUUCUGAUGCAAAGUUCUUCAGAACAAAAGUUGAAUCCUGACUGUUGGAAGGUUGCUUUGAAAACCUUAAAUUGUACCUCUGAGGUUGAAUGUGAGCCCAGGAUAAUGAGAUCUGCAGACACUCUGUGUUCUCAAAAGAUCAUUCUGUCAUUUGAACAGGUGCAGGAGACAAUACACUGGCUUUCUGAUUUCUUCCACAAACUGCGUCUUUCAAAAACAGAUUUAAGGAGCUUUGGUCUAUUUUCAAAGUGGACUCCAUACAUGAAUGAAGUGAAGAGAUUCUGGAUGUUCCUUGCCAAAUCUUUUAUUGAUUCUGAGAUCUCCAAACUGGCCCAAGAACCUGCAGCCAGCAACAAAAAUGUAGCAGGUUUGCAGAUGGUUUAUGCAAAAUUGCUGGAGCUUUUCAGGCCAUGGCUAAUGGUACUAAAUGCAGAAAAAGGAAGCAAUAACUAUUCCUAUCCUUGGUUAGAGAUCGACACUCCAAUCGCAUCGGGUAUGGUGAAGUUGUUUACAAAAUGUGUUGAUUACCUGCAUCAGAGUUUAAAAGAUAAACUAAUUCCUGGCCAACGAGGUGCUCUAUGGUUCCAUUUGAUGUAUUAUUGUGAAACUUCCACUAUACCUAAAAUGCCAGAGUAUAUUUUGUACACCUAUCAUUCUGAAUAUUCCAAAUUGCCAUGGAAAGAGUUGUAUCCUGAUCAAGUCUUGAUGGAAGAGUUCUUUAAAGUGGAGAGAGGAAGUCCAAAGAGCUGUUUCCUGUUUUUGGGAACUUUACUAUGUGAGGUUAACUGGGUCAGUGUUCUUUCUGAUGCUUGGAAUCCCCAACCUCUCUUGCACACAAGGACCAUGGUUGUGUAUUUGUUGUUUAUGAUGGUAUUUCUAUCAAAAGAGGAUGUACUUGCAAGUAAACCGGAGUCUCCAUUACAUAAUCUCCUUGGACAAAUGAGUGCACUGCCUUGGCAUUUUGUGGAUAUUGCAUCAUACCAAAAUGUCCUUAGCUAUUUUAAUAGCCACUAUUCUCCUUCUGUCAUCAUUUUAAAAGAUCCUUCAGCUGAAUCAAUACUGAAGCUUUUAAAAGUGGUCGCAGGUUUCAGUGACACCUUGGGCAUACACAAUGAUGCUACACAUAAAUGCAAGGCAUACAUCCACCAGGUUGUCCAGUGCCUCAUCACUUUAGAUCAGAAUACUCAGAUAGUCCAUGCUCAACUAGAACGUGAGAUGAUAACGUUAUUGAAUGAUAUUGUUCUUUUUAAUCCACCAGAAGUGGACAAUCAACAGCGGCACAUGGCAGUCACCAGUCUUUUUAUGGAAGUAUUGAUGAUGCUGAAUAACAUUAGUGUCACAUCAGCAGAAUCACUGCGUAUAAGUUUGCGGUCUUGGAUCGAGACUGAGGUGCAUUAUAACCUGGCAUUACCACUACUGACUGCAGCAUGUCAAAGCCUGGCAUCGGUCAAGCAUAUGGCAGAAAUGACUGAAGCCAGCAUUAUGGCUUAUUUUAAGGAUGGUGCAUGGCAUGAUCAGUAUUUUGGAUGGGGACCAAUUUUAGUAUCUCUUCAAGUGCCAGAAUUAACUGCAGAAGAAUUUCUGAAAGAAUGUCUGGACUUGGGAAGCUACUUAACACUUUAUGUGUACAUUCUUCAGCAUCUGAACAUGGAGCAGACUCUAUCCAAUGAAAUGAAAAUGGUAGUUCUACUUAACAAAUGGAUAAACCAAGUCUUUCCCAGCAGUACAAAUGAUGAGGUUAAACUGUUCCUAUGGUGGCAUAAGUUAUUGCAAUUGACAUUGAUCCAGCUUGAGCAGAAUGAUGUAACUGGAUUGGAAUUUUUGAUGAGGAUACUAAAUGCAUUGCAAGUGAAACAAAGUCAUCUGGCAGAGGAGAGGCUUUCUUCUGGAAUUCUGGGAGCAAUUGGUCUUGGAAGGAAAUCUCCGCUCUCAAACAGAUUUCGAGUAGUAGCUCGAAGCAUGUCGGCAUUCCUAUUAGUUCAACUUCCUGCAGAGAAUUGCAUUCGUCUGAAGCCUGGCACAGAACUACAACUAUCUCCCAAAGCACAGCAGGCCCUGAAUGUACUUGAAACAAUGUCAAUGAGCAAGCAGUAUGCAGACUAUCAAGAGGAGUUUUCACAGGCAAAAUCGUUCAUCAAGAACCCAAACUAUUGUCUUUGGGAUGGCAACAAGUUACUAGCUAUUCUUAUUAAUCUCCUUUACCCUGAUGUACAUUAUUUGGAUAUUAUCCGCUAGAUAUUUUGCCAGAGCAGGAUCUCAGCACCAUAUUUCAAAAAAAAUACUGCAAGAUAUUUUGCAAGAAUAUCUUUGGAAAAAAAUAAUUUGAACUAAAAUUGCAUUACUAAAUUUGCUAAUGAACCAGCUAUCAGGCAACAAUUGUUUUUUUUUGGAUUAUGGCAAAAUGAUUGCUCUUCACAAAAUAUGAUUUAAUAAAUGGUCAUAAUAGAUUUUUUGGACAUCAGUUGUUUGCCACACACAAUCUGUAUUUUUGUACCAUAAUCUGUAAUAUGUAAUAAAUUGAACUAAAAAUCUGCAAGUGAAUGCAUCAUUGCUAAAACACAUUCCGCAUCCUUGGCUUUUCAUUGGCUGUGAAAAUGGUGAAGUAAGUAAGUAGCCAUUAAUCUACUGAAAAUAUUUGGGAAACUUGUACAAUAGAGACACUGUCUAAUAUGCCUUUCUUUGAAAAUAUUCAAAAUCCCUCUCCAUUUCAAUUCAUUCAAGCAAAUAUCUUCCUUAAAAUACAGAUAUUUACAUUGAAUGGUAUGGAUCUUGGUAACAUGAUAAGCAGCUGCCCUGUUCCAUAUUCCUUUACCUAGUUUCCUUCAAUCAAUAACAGCUUGCAUGUAUAAAGCACUUUUAAUGUAAAUUAUCCCAAUGCACUUGAGCAUUAUCAAACAAAAUUUGUAAUGGAACAUAUAGGGAGAUAUUGAAGCAGCUGACCAAAAGUUCAGACAAGGAGCUAAGUUUUGAAAAUGAGGAAAGUCAGAAUGGGAACUCUGGAGAUUAGUAUGUUGAUUUGAAGACAUUGUUGGCAGUGGUAGAGUGAAUAAAAUUAGGAAAUGAACAUGGGAGAAAUGCAGAUAUUUUAGAUGGAUGGAAGAAUGGAGAAGAUUACAGAGCCCUUGGAGGGAUUUGAAAUAAAAUUGUGUUUUGGAUGAGCUUUGGUUUGUGAAAGGUCCUAAGAGGGGCAGGAGUGAAUUGGAGUUGUCAUGUCUUGGGGUAUCCUGUUUAACUCACUGAUUCUGGAUAUCAAUCCAGAGCCCUGCAAUUCUCUGAGGAAGAAUAACUCUGGAUCUGUAUUCUAAAUUUCUUUCAAUUAACCUUUCAAUAUCGGUCUAGACAAUUUGACACUGGAAAUAGUUUGCCUACUGUGAUUGAUCCCUUCAGAAUUUUGAAUGAUUUUAUCAAGUCAUUGUUACAACUUGUUAAAAGGCAAAUUGAAAGGGGUCUUGUUUUCUCUUAAAUUGUAUCUUUAUAAUUUGUCAAACAAACUGUGAAGGAGAAUCUUGAUCUCAUUGAUGGCUGGUCACCUAUUUUUGGCCGUCUUUCUUCCUUACUGUGACAUCUAGAUCUGAAAUAUUGAACAAGUUCAGACUCAGUUGCUGUUAUGCUGAACAAUUAUACAUCAUGGGAUUAUUUCAGUUAUUUAAGAUGGAAUUGUGUAGUUUAGUACCACUAGUUUGGAAGUUUUCUGUGGAAGUACUAGCAUGUGCAGAAUUAACACAAUUACAUUAAAUUCUUGCAUUUGCUUUUGGUGCUUCUUGAUUUCAGGGUGCCAUUUUAAUAGACGUGCGGUGCCUACCCUUUUCAUUUAUAAGUAUGUGAUGCAAGUAAUUUAAAAUCUAAUGUAUAUUUUAAUUUUCAUAGGAAUUUCAUUUGUUACAUUCGUCAAUUGAUGCUUACAAGGUUAUCUGACUAAGCAAGUUCUCGGUUGUAACAACAUAUGCCAUAUCUUCAACUUCACAAAAGUAAAUUUAUACAUUAGUAAAGACUUCCACUGUUGCAUAAAAAGUCAAUAACUAAGAAUGGAUUUACCAUGCUUAUUUUGCCAGGAAGCAAUCACUUUUUUUUUCCACUGAAGGUUUCACAUAGAAGUAGAAUAAAUUUAUUCAGUGUUACAGGAACUAAAUGGUAAGGGGAGCCCAGUUUCUUUCAAAAUUGCUGAAUUUUGUUGAGCAUAAGCAAAUACUUUUGUAAAUUAAGUGACACCAAAAUACAUAUGAAAUAAUCUAAAUCCAGCUGAAUAACACUUGCAUGAUUUUGUAUAAAUGAUAGUACUCUUCCCAAAUUAAGUAAUGUACGACCCAAGUUUCUGCAGCACUUCUUAGAUGUUACAGUGACGUAAGGCUUUGCACUUUAUGGAUGUGAAUAAAAUUAAAGUUCAAGUUUAAUAGUGAUACCAUCUAGAAUGAAGGUUUUCUUGCACUCUCAGCAGAUGUUCAACUUAUUAGUCAAAUUUUUGAGACUGGUAUUAAUAUAACAAGUAUAAUACAUGUUUAAAGUGUAAAGAUUCCAGUAAAACUUGAAACAUGCAAUGCUGUGCAUCAAGUGAGCUUUAAUUGUAAAAAAAAGUAUUUUUGGUUCUUAUGGAAUUGUAUGUGCAUAAUGUAUUAAUUGAAUCAGUUUAUUGUACAAUUUUAUCUUUGAGUAGUGCUCCAAGAGAUUUUGCUGUGCAUAAACUGCACUGUGGAUUUCUACUGUGUUCUUAAAAUAUUAAUUGUAAUUGUACUUUUAGAAUUAAGGUAUAGGUAAAAUAAAGAUAUUCCCUG